CGCACGCGUUCGCCUGCGUCCUCCGGCCCGCUUGCGAUUGUGCGCGUGCGCACGGGAGAGGCGUGAGGACGAGUCGCUGGAGCGCGCAGGUGGAGGGAGGAGUGGUCCCGAGAGUAACUGCCCGGAGUGAGUUGGUGCGCCACAGGAGAUGACACAUGGGGUCUCAGCAUUCCUCCAAUGCCCGCACAUUUUGUCAGCGGAAGAAGGAUGACAACCUGGAGGACUUACAGGCUGAGAGAGAGCAGGAGGAAGCCAUCGCUCAGUUCCCCUAUGUGGAAUUCACUGGGAGAAAUAGUAUCACUUGUCACACCUGCCAAGGAGCGGGCUACGUCCCAGCAGAGCAACUCAGGGAGUUGGUGGCUUUGAUCCCCCACAGUGACCAGAGGCUGCGCCCCCAGAGAACUAAACAGUAUGUCCUCCUGUCGGUCCUGCUUUGUCUCCUGGCAUCUGGCUUGGUGUUUUUCUUCCUGUUUCCACAUUCAGUCAUCGUGGAUGAUAAUGGCAUCAAAGUGGUGAAAGUCACCGUUAACAAACAGGACUCCCUUGUAACGCUUGAUGUCAUGGCCACCCUGAAAAUCAGAAACUCCAACUUCUAUCCUGUGGCAGUGACCAACCUGUUCAGCCAGGUUCAGUACAUGAAAGCCGUGGUUGGCACACACGUGAGCACUAAUGUGUCACUCAUCCCCCCUCGGAGUGAGCAUCUGGUGAAUUUUACUGUGAAGGCUGAGGUGGGAGGACCAUCUUCCUACGUGUACUUCAUCUGCACGGUACCUUCCAUCCUGGUACACAACAUUGUGAUCUUCAUGAGGACUUCUGUGAAGAUUUCAUACAUUGGCCACAUGUCCCAGAGCACCGUGGAGACACAGCACUAUGUGGAUUGUGGGGCGAAUUCCACAGCUGUUUAGAGCCUGCUCUUAGUUCUCCGGUGGCUCCACCUGCAGAAGGAAGCUGACUUCCGCACUCACAGGAGAGCCAUCUUUGCAGCGCCUUGUGUUUUUCUUGGAACCAGCAAAACCACUGCCCAGUGCCUAGUCUGUGCCUAGCAAAUAGUUAGCACUCAAUUACAGUUUGAAGAAUUGAAUUCAGACAUUUUGGCUGUUGUUGAGAUGAAACCAGGGGUCUAGCUUUUCAGACCAGGGUGACAUGGAGGUAGGAUGUUGGUGGAGCUGCAGAUGUAUGGGUGCUACAGUCCUGCGCUCAGAAGCACCAGCAGGAGAGUCGUGCAGAGGACCUUCAAGGAGCCCCUCAGUGGCUGCAUUUGUUCCCUAAUGCCCAGGGGCUUUGCAGAAAGGUGGUUUUUUUUUCCUUUCCCUUACAAAGUUAUUGCCUCCCCCCCCCACAGUCUACUGCAGGGCUUGAUGUACCUUUGAUCCACUGGCUGGACACAGAUUGGGGGUUUGAUAGAAAAAUAAACUGCUUUUUUGGAUUGA